CAGACACACACACACACACACACACACAUCUCACAAACACAGUUCUGUGGAACUUCCUCACCCUGGCUGCCUGACUUAUCAUGAAGUGACAUGAAGUUACUGUGAGUCAGACAGCUCGGGCCUUCUUUGUCAGACAAUGAGCAGAAGCGUCUCCGCUGGCCAGGCGAUUCUCCUGCAAACAUUUGAGAUGGAAACUCCAGGAUACGAUGACGUGGAAAAUCACACCUUAUGUGACGGGGACGAUCAGAACAGUCUGGGGGCUCAUCUAUCCACCCUGUACUACUUUAUGUUUCUCUUCAGUCUCUGUGGUACUGCGCUGGUUCUGGUCAUCAUCUAUCGGUUUGAGAAGCUAACCACUGUGACCAACAUCCUGCUGCUGAACCUGGUGUUGUCGUCCCUGAUCUUCAUGAGCAGCCUUCCCUUCAUAGGGGUGUACAUGCAGCUCUCGCACUGGAUCUUCGGCGAGGCUAUGUGCAAGAUUGUGUGCAGCGUCUACUAUCUGGGCUUCUCCAGUUCUGUCCUGUUUCUUACUCUUCUGACCUUCGACCGACACCUCGCUGUCGUCUACUCCUUGGAGGCACAGCGGGUGAGGAACCAAGGUUACGCGGUCAUCUCCUGCGCUGUGGUGUGGCUGAUCAGCAGCCUGGCGUGCAUCAAGCCGAUGAUGUUCCAAAACCUUUUACAAAAUAAUAUGAAUAACCAAACCUACUGCGAGGAGUGGGAACAUGAUUUAUCCGAUGCUACGGUUAACCAUCUGAAAAAGGCUGAAUUUUACAUUCAGCUUAUCCUUUUCUUGAUCUUCCCUCUCGUGGUUAUUAUCUACUGUUACCUUAGGAUCGCAAUCACUGUCCUCUCAUCCAGGAUAAUCGGCAAGUUCAAGACUGUCAGGCUCAUAUUCAUCAUCGUCCUGCUGUUUUUCCUGUGCUGGACUCCAUUCAACAUUGUAUCGCUGAUGAGCGCUGAUACUUGUGAGCAAGAAAAUAGAAAGGCUUAUGCACUACACAUCACCCGCAACAUUGCUUAUAUCUACUUUUGCUUCAGUCCCAUCCUCUACACAUUUGUGGGGAAAAAGUUCCAAAACUACUUUAGGCAGAUUGUGGUGAAACGCUUCCCAGGGUUAAAGAGGCACAUCUCUGGCCAUCAAAACAGCAGCAGAAACACUAUGUCCACAAAAACUACACCCAAUUAUCUUUAGGCGUAGGGCGCCCUUUAUUCCUCAGCACUGGUUUGUGUUCUUCAAAGCAUGGGUUUUACAACAACUGAAAGCAGUCCGUAGACCCCUGUCAGACCUGGUGUUAACAUGUGUCCUGAGUGAUGUGAUACAACAAGUGGACAACUCCAAGCACAGGUCAGAGCACACUGAGGAUGCAUCACUUAACUGAUUCACACUCACAUUCGAAGUUGGUCUGGGACAUGUGAGGGAUCACCUACUCAGCUGACGUCUCUGACCCACUACAGUUUCAUAAUGAACUGAAAAUAUUUUUUGCACUUCUUAAUGUUUCACAUACAUUUUAUUAUUUGUGACCAAAGCUACGAUAUUAAUAUUGGUCUAUAUAUAUCUAUAUAUCUAUAUAUAGAUAUAUAGAUAUAUAUACACUCACACCGACAGUGAGACACACACACAAACAGUUGUGUCUUAGACUUGUGCUGCCCUUAAGCAUUAUCAAUUGUCUAACUCUUACUUUAAUUAAACCGAACCUUAAAACACGUCCUCAGCAUAAAAUGUAUUUUUACUCUUUGGUUGCAUUUUGUAGAUAACACAUGUCCCUGGGUAUAACAAGGGAAUAAAACACUUGAACAACAGGUAACCAGACUUUUACUGUAACUCGGCGGUGAUGGUUAUGAUAAUGAUUUAAUCGUGCGCCUCCUUGUGCACUGGUAAAUGUGAGAGAAUUUCAAUUCAUCAGGCCGAUGUGCGUGAUUAAAUCUUUUAACCAUCAUAUUUAAGAUUUCCGUGUCCCCUUUGUUUGACAGAAAUUAAAAGUUGGACAAAGUUAAGGAGGAAACGAGCCCAGUCUCUUAAUUCCUUUCUGCGUUGUUCAUACACGCGCAUUUUCCAGAGAUUUUCUAUGUGGCUUUCAACCUGCAAAUUCAUGCUUGUGUUUUGUGUGUUAUACUGUGUGUUGAAAAUGAGUCAUGUCUCAAAUUGCUAUUUUAAAUUUAGCAAAAGGUGAUUAUGUAAUGUCAUUUUUCAAGUUUUGUAUAUAUAACAGUUCAAAUGGAAAAUAACACUGAGCUGUGACUCAGAUAGUUUAUAAAAGGAGUAACAAGCUUGAUUGAUUUAGCUCUUGUGUUUGUUAGUGUUAAGCUUUUUGAUUCAUUCAAACCUUUCCAUCAAUAACAUGCAUGUUUUGGUUAUCUCAACCUGCCAGAAUAAAUGACUCUUCAAA